AUGGAAAGGCGCAAUCUACAUCCAAAGAACAUCGACAUGUUCUGUCAAGCAUCUCAUGAGCUGCAGCUUGAUGGUGCUGUGUACGCCAUGCUGGACAAGGAAAUAGCAGAGAAAACCCGUGAACUGAGGCACAUGAGGGGAGAAGACCUGCAAGGAUUGAACAUAGAAGAAUUACAGAAAUUAGAAAAAUUAAUCCAAGGAAGCUUGUGUCGCGUCUUGGAAGAAAAGGAGGAUAAAAUUGUUAAUGAGAUGGACGCUCUCAAGAGAAAGAUGGAGGAAUUAAUAGAAGAGAACCAGCGAUUGGAGCAGCAAUUGAUGAAUUUAUCAGCAGGAAAAGGACAAUUGCUUGAACGAGGCCAGUCAUCAGAUUCCCUGGUGACCAAUAUCAGCAGCAUGAGCUCAGCUGAUCUUCGUCAGGACUCCGACAGCUCUUGUGCUUUUCUUACAUUGGGGUUGGCUUGUUACUCUCAUUUCCACGCAAAUGGUUUCUAUGAAUUUCAUUCACUUGAUGUUGUUCCGCUUGUUAAUGAGCCACCACUCAUGAAAAACCUCCUUAAUCUUCUUCUUCUUGGAUUUGAUCUCCUUCUCCUUAGAUUGAGAAGGAGAUUAGUUAAUAAGGAUGAUGAACCAAAGAAGGAAGAAGAGGGUGAUUUAGAUGGG